AUGAUCAUCUAUAAUGGUGAAAAAUAUGCGUGUGCUUCUUGUAUCAGAGGACAUAGAUCUUCUAUAUGUAGGCAUACUAAGAGAAUGCUUGUAAAGGUACGAACCAGAGGAAGACCUUCUCCAGUGGAUAUACGGGAUGUUAUUAUGGUAGACACGAACUCUCAAGUUAAGAAAGACACCACAGAUGAAAAGGAUAUCGCCACUUGUAAGGAUAUGAACGCUCAGCCAAUUAUAUUCGUAAGGGCAAAACAAACAGAAAAGGCUACGCUGGUGGAUGGUAAACUGAAUAUUAUAAUCCAGAACAAGAACGAGAAAGAAACUGGGAAGGAGAAGGUUAUUGAUGUCAACAACAUAAAAUGCAUAUCAGAAAAUGAAUUUUUGAAGAGGCAUUCAAAUUAUACUAAAAAUGUGAGUGAAAAUGCUACUAUCUGUGCACUUAAUGAAAAAGGUGAGAGUAAGUGUUGUUCAGCAAAUAAGGAAAAUGUCCUAAGUGAUUCUAUCAACUUUGCCGAUUUGACUCCGCUGGAUUCUCAAACUUUUUCGUCAAUGUCUAGUUCUAAUUCUAGCUCAGACACUGAUAUAUUAAGUGAUAUUUUUGAUCCCGAUAAAUCUUCGUUCGAUAUUUUAACCCAUAAAGGUAUUUAUUUGAGUACAGACUGUACGUGUGAAGAUGAAAAAUGUCAGUGCUUAAAUUGUCUAAUACAUAGAAAUGAAGAUGAAAUUACCUCAUUUAUUCAACAAAGCGGCAUACCUCUCACAAAUUUAGGAUCACCAAAGAGAGAUGCUGAAAAUAUACCGGAGUCAUGUACUAUUGCCUCCUGUUCUUGUACACCUCAAGACUGUCUUUGUGAUUCAUGUACCACCCAUCCAGCUGAAAUCAUACCGUUCGAGAAAUUUUUCUUUAAAGGUCUAUUGAAUAUAAAUCUACGAAAGAAGACUAUUAUAAAAUAUAAGGGCAAAUUGAUACCCUCUGCAUAUUGGUGGAAUCUUUUACAUGAUCAGGUAUCUCAAAUGACUGAACAAUCUUUGGAAAAUUUAAAUAUAUUAGAACGGUUUGAUGAAAUUGUGGAAAGUAACAAUGUUCAAUUGCUAAAUUCGGAUAUGAACGAAUUUCCAUUGGACGAUUUAGGAGGCUUUUAUGUUAUAUAA